AUGGUGCCCCGACCCUCCCUGUCUCUGCACCCCAGCCAGGGGGUGUCCCUGGGGGACUCUGUCACCCUGCGGUGCCACGUGCCCCGCCUGGUUGCCUGGGUCCAGCUCUACAAGGAAGGAGAGCGGACAUUCAAAAUGUGCAAGGACACAGAUGAGGAGGACGCAGUUGAGUUCUACUUGGAUGACAUAAAACAGGAAGACGCUGUGAAGUACCAGUGCCAGUACCGAGUGCUGGAGCCACCAGGGACAUCGGAGAAGAGUGACCCCGUGGCACUGCUGGUGACAGGUGGGGACACUAAGGAAAGCAGAUGGCUCAGGGCUGUGUCCCCAUAGAGCUGUGUCCUAUUG